CCUCCACUGACCCAGCAUGUCUUCCCUGCCAGUUGGGGAAGCGGUGAGUCAGGUGGUAUUACCCGGAGAUGUGCUCGUUCUGCCGGCACAGACAGGGGACGGCUCGCUCUCCUUGUCAUCUUCGUCCUCCUCCGGCCGGCUGAGGGUGGUGUGCGGUCCGGGGCUCACUCGGCACGGAGACGAUCUGCAGGUGACGAAGUGCGGAGUGCUGCGGCUGCGGGAUCCGUCUGUGUACUGGGUGGACUCCCAGCAGAGGAGGUAUAUUCCCGUAAAAGGGGACCAUGUGAUCGGAAUUGUCACCACCAGGUCUGGAGAUAUUUUUAAGCUUGAUGUUGGAGGAAGUGACCAAGCUUCUUUAUCAUUCUUGGCCUUUGAAGGUGCAACUAAAAAGAACAGACCGAAUGUAAAGGUUGGAGACGUUGUUUAUGGAAAGUUCAUUGUGGCCAAUAAAGACAUGGAACCGGAGUUGGCAUGCAUUGACAGUUCUGGAAAAGCGAAUGGGAAGGGUGUCAUUGGACAAGAUGGCCUUAUGUUUAAAGUAUCCUUAGGACUAGUAAGAAAGCUUUUAACACCUCAGAAUGACAUUGUCCAGGAACUGAUGAAUGUAUUUCCAUUUGAAAUGGUCAUCGGAAUGAAUGGCCGAAUAUGGGUGAAGUCUAAAACUAUUCAACAAACCAUAAUAGUGGCAAACCUACUGGAAGCCUGUGAAUAUUUAACUCCUGCCCAGAGGAAGCAGGUCUUUGCAAAGUUCUCAGACAACAUGUAAAUGUACAUAUUCUCCACCUU